UGAGCAGUGAGCUGGACGGUCCAAACCGCGUUCCGCCAUGACAGCGGCGAUGCCGGUUGCUGGAAAGGACAACUCUAGCGGCCCUUCGCUUCCACGCAAGCUCAGCAACUCGCGGAGCGACCAGGGCGGCUGGUCGCUGCUGGUGAAAAGCUGCUGCGGCGGGGUGUCCGGGUGCAUGGCCAAGACCGCUGUGGCUCCCCUGAGUCGCACCGUGAUCCAGAUGCAGUUGCACUCGACUCAUCACACUGGGAACAUGCGGAGCACUUUGCUGAGCAUUUACCGGGAAGGCGGCAUACUGUCCUUCUGGCGAGGCAACGGGGCGAUGCUUUGCCACCGGGGCGUGGUGAACUGCAUCAACUUCCCGGUGAACGACCUCUGCAAGCAGCAGCUGCAGCAGCAGGACCGCGAGCUGCGGAACGCCUGCAGCGCGCUGGCCGCGGCCCUGACCGGCACCGCCGCGGGCCACCCCUUGGACGUCAUCAAGACGCGGCUCUCCGCGUCGAAGCGAUUUGGGUACGUCGGAAUCUGGCAGACCGCUCAAAGGAUGUACUCUGAGGAAGGCUUGCGCAGCUUUGUGGCGGGGUUUCGCGUUUCCCUGGCGGCGGUGGGGCCCAGCGUGGCCGCCUGCUUCUACCUGAAGGACCGGUUCAGCGCCAGCCACGUGGUGCACCAGCUCUCCACCAGAUCGCGCGGCUGGCUCAGCGAGAGCUCGAUAGCUGGCGGUGCGGCUGGCUGCGUCACAUCCUUCGCCUUCUUCCCUUUGGACUCAUGGAAGAGGCAACUGCAGAUGUCCGUGGUGGCAGCUGGUGGGCGUGCUCGCUUGGCGGCAGUGCCAUUGCAGGGUGCGGCCCUGCUGGAUGCCUACCGGGGCUUGCUGCCAGAGCUGAUCAAAGUGGGCUGCAAUACGGCCAUCAUGUUCGGCCUGUAUGAUUGGCUGAAUCCUCGGCGCCUUUGAUAUGUGCUGGGCGUCACUGAUGCCUCUUUGAAUGCUUUGAGUCUUUAAGCAUUAUGCCAUUAGCCUAGGCGGAAGUCGGAGAAGGUCUCUUUGAAAACACCCGACCUGGGGCCUACACAGGCCAUG